CAAACCGCGUCCGGACUUCAAACCAUCAUGAAUACCUCCACCGCCGUUGUGUUCGCGUUCUGCUGCGGUUCACUGUUUCAGUUGAUACAAGUCUGUUCGUUUAUGCAUCUGGGUGAUAUUUACCAAGACUUACACGAUGCGAUGACGGUAGACGAGCUGAAUUAUUAUUUCGGAGUGUCCUAUCCGGCGGAUGUACCCGAGUACGAGGUGGUCACAUUGUCCGAUCCAGCAGACCGACCGGAUUGCACGUUUUUCAUUUUUGGCAGAUUGGUGAAGUUGUUCUUGGAACCCAACGAACGUUUGAUCAGCGAAGAUUUUGUGUGGCAAAUACGAGGUGAUUCGGAGUCGGUGACGUAUGAAAAAAAGUCACCGAGACGAUGUCAUUACAUGCACCGGAUAAGUCAUACCGGGGACGGUGACGUGACCGCAGCAUUUACUUACUGUCCGGGAAGCUCCAAAAACGGUAUUGUGUUUCUAUCAGAUAUCACAUACGAAUUGCAGUCUGUUAAUGCCGGGCUUUGUCGGUAUCGGUGUGACGAUGAUAGUGAAAAUGCAUUUAUUUUGAAACGAGCUCCGACAGUAAAUCACACGUGGACCGAUGGAUUCAAUGUAUUGCGAAGACCCGGCGAAAACUAUGCUUUCAUGUCACCAGACCUUUUUGUAGAGGACACAAAAUACGAUGAGGAUGGAAUGGAGGCGGUGACAAUGGCAACAACGAUGCCCAUAUUGGAGACGGCGCUCUAUUUUGACGAAGCUGCGUACAAAACAUUUUCGGAGUACUUUAAACACGACGACGAACACCUUGUCGACAUGAUUUUAGCAUACGUUAAUGCUGUUCAAGUGCUAUACCACCAUCCAAGCUUGGGACAAAAAAUCGAAAUCGUUUUGGUGAAACUGGAAAUGUUCAAAAAACAACCAGACGACUUACCACAUUAUGGCGGUGAGAGAAGUUCGUUGUUGGAUUCGUUUUGCGCGUUCAAUAAGAAAUAUCGAAAACAAGAACAAUGGGAUAUUGGACUAUAUAUUUCAGGUUUAGACUUUUAUUCGAUGGAAAACGGACACUGGAGUGGCUCCACCAUGGGUCUGGCGACCGUGGGUGGUGUCUGUUCGGAGAAGUAUUCAUGUAUUAUCGCUGAGUUCGGUUCUACAGAUGCGCUUGGAAAACCGUACCCGUCAGCGGGCUUUACUUCCGUAUACAUACUGGCGCACGAAAUAGGCCACAGUUUAGGUAUGCAUCACGACGGCAAUACGAAUAAUUGUCCGAAAGAAGGGUUCAUAAUGUCACCAUCGAGAGGGAUUACCGGAGAAUUGUUAUGGUCAGAAUGCAGUGCUCGUGUCGCAACAAACCUCAACAAUCUUGAAUGUCUCUUCAAGCAGUCCAGUAGCCGGCAUUCAACCAUGGUCCAAAAGUUAGAUCACAAUAAAUUCGCCGACAAGCCUGGCCAAGCGUGGGACGCGAAAAAACAAUGCGAACUGCUGUUAUUAGACAACGAAGCCCGAGUAAUGAGCACCGAAACAAAUUUGGACUCGUCGCGCCAGGAACCAGAAGAUAUAUGUGAAAAUUUACAAUGUGAAACACCAAACCAACCUGGAUAUUAUUUUGCCGGGCCAGCAUUAGAAGGAACCACGUGUGGGCCCAGCUCGUGGUGUGAGGCGGGAAAAUGCGUUAAAGGCAAACCGAAAAAACCGAAAAAGAUCAUAAAAGGUGGAUGGAGUCAGUGGAAGGUGCACGAAUGUACGUCGGGGUGUAUACAUAAGUCAAAAGGUUUCAGGUCCAGGACGAGAAUGUGCAACAAUCCGAAACCGAUAAACACGAACGAGGGAUGCGAGGGACCCAGACACGAAGCCGUUCUCUGCAAAGACGACAAGACGUGCCAGAAAUCUAAAAAAAUAACGGCUGCGGAAUACGCGACGAACAAGUGCAAGGAAUUGGCCUCCAUACUGCCAUCGUUAGACAAAGAGUAUUCGGGUCUGCAGGCGCCUCAUGAAGACGCCCGCCCGUGGAUGGGAUGUUCGGUGUUCUGUCGGCGCAAAGAUACCGGGUCGUUCUACACUCCCAGGUUGGAUGUGUCAAACUUACCGGUCGAUCCGUACUUCCCUGACGGAACUUGGUGUCACUCUGCGGACAACGAUAACUAUUACUGUCUGAAUCAUGUCUGCACGUCCGAGAACGAUUUGAAGCGGUCAGGCAAGAGUUCGGUCGAUUCGGGCGGCGACUUCCCGAUGAUCAGCCAAAAUGCACGACCGCCAGGACCGUACGUCGUACCGGAAGUCCUGUUGCGUUACUUAAGCGUGGGCGCUGACGGCACGCCUUUGCUAACCACAAUCACGCCGGACAUGGUCGAUCAAACCGAUUACGGCGAUUGGUCGAGUGAUGACUACGUUGACAUGCCAGAUAGACCUUUUCAAUAGCGCUUGGAAUAUGCCGUUAACAUGCGAUGAGGCCGUGACUAUGUCAACAUCGCAGAUGUCCAGUUUCAAAGGCAUUUAUCUAAUUUACGGAUCAGCCGUAUACGCAGUAUAACAAUAAUAAUGAUAAUACUUAAUAAUAUUUAAUAUUGAUUGAAGUUUUCAAAAUCAACUUACACUUUAAUCCGAACAAUAUUAUAAUAUUAUGUUUAACCGGUUACAUAACUAUUACUUUUGUAUAUACCUACCGUAGUUUCAAUUCAGUAGACUUUUGUGAUUUUUAAAAACUACUUCGAUGAAAAAUAUAUUUUAUUUCGUAAACCGACAACAGCAAUAAUGUAGAUGGUUAAAUGCAUCACUCUGUAUAUGGAUACGUAUCACUUAGUUUUUUUUUAAUAUGACUUCAUUUGAUCGAUAUUUCUUUACGUCGUGUCGAGUCAUUUUGGUAUCACGUGGUUUUAAAUUGAUAAUUUUUUGUUUAUACAUAUACAUUACAAGGUUGUGUUAUUAGAAACCGAUUUUUGGCUUUUGAUAGGACGUCUGUGAAAGCAUUUAACAGAUUAUAUAAUUAUAUUUUAACUAAAACAUUUUGUAUUUUACGUUCGUUUAUCGGAAGCGAACAACAAUGAUAUUAUGUACAAGUCCAACAAUAUCUACCCAAUUAUAAUAAUAUAUUGUCUUUUAUCCCAAUAUUUGUUGUGUAGCUAUGUUUUAUACUCAUAUAAUAUUAUUAUUAUUGUUAUUAUCAAGCGCUCGCUAUUAUUGUGUGCGGCAACUAAUGAAUUAAACCUAUUAAGCCCAAAAAUGCGUUGAUCGACGUUCUAAUCAGUAAAGUUUUAUAUUAUUUAACCUUUUUUUUCUUUUUAUUUUUUUAAAACUCUUUUUGUUUCGUUACAUUGUGUUCGGGAUAACAAUGGUUUUCAGUAAACAGUAUAUACGCGCCUGACGUACCCGGAAUAAAUAAGAUUUUAUAUAAUAAUGGGAUAUCAUUAUUCAUUUUAACAGUGUUGUAUA